CUUUGAAUUCUUUGGUAAACUUGUAUGGCUAGGUUUCUCUCAUCUCGAGAGCUAGCUGAUCAUUUGGUGUUUCAUGAACGUCGAAUCGAUCGUUUGUAUUAUGGAUUUAAGUAAUCGGAGAUUUGAAAUUGUGUUUAUCAGAAUCUAUUGUGUUUAUCAGAAUCGUGAGUUUUACUGUAUCAAAGGUAUCAGAGCUGCGUCGUUUCUCGGAAAAUGGUGCUUACAAGGUCUCAGGAUGGUGAAUCGAAAGGAAAAGAGGAGGAAGUGGAAGAUCCGAUGGCGGCGCGUAUGUCGCGGUUGGAGGAGCUGGUGAAGGAACAAAAUCAGAAGUUUUAUAGAACUCUUUCAGAGAUGAUUGAAGCAUCAAACAGAUUUAAGAGAGUUUUAGAUGAUCCAAUUGCUGAGUUAAAGCAGUUAAAAGAGAUGAACGGUAUUGUUGAGUAUCACAAAAAGUUUGAGUUGCUUAGCACAAGAGUGAAUCUGAGAGAAGAUGACUUAGUUAGAGUUUAUUUGGAUGGUUUACAAAUAGAUACUCGAGUGAAUGUUCAAAUGUUUCAGCCUCAAACGAUUCAGCAAUGUUUCUCAAUUGGAAGUUUAUAUGAGUAUGCACAUCCUCGAAGCAACAUUGAUAACGUUGGGAGCCUUCCACUUAAGAGGGAUAGUGAACUGAAAGCUGAGGAGGAUAACGAAGAAGACGAAAUUGAGGUUGAGAUGGAAUCGAUUGGCUUAGAAGACAAUUUAGUACAUGGAGCAUUAUUGGAGGAAGAAUCAACUCCACAGGUAUCAAUUGCUAAUUCUGAGAUUUUGAGGAGUAAUGAACUUAGGGAAGCCAAUUUACGGUUUGAAAAUAUUGACAAUGUGGUGAUGAAUGAGAAUCUGGAGCAUGAAUGGAUUCAAAAGAACAUUCAUAAGAUAUUUGAGGUUCACAGUGAUGUUGAGAAGAGUCAUAAUGUGAUAAGUAACACCAAAAAUUGUUGUGCACACCAAGUGUUUGGUAAAAGGUCUCAGGCUAAAGACAUACUGACAUUGAAGAAAAGGAGAAAAGGUUUGAAGUCUUGGAUGUUUAAAUAUAAACAAGAGAAUAAGAGACUAUGGAGGCUGCGCAAUCAUGUGUUCUCCUUUCCAAAAUUGUGUGAUCGUAGGAUUGAUAGGCCUCGAACAACAAGGAAGGUAAAGUUGUUUGGUGGAAUUGAAAUUGUCUAUAUCAAGAAUUUUGUGAGCUUAGUCGUUGUUGGAGAAGUUCAUGAAGCACCAGAGAUCAAUAAGUCGUUUUGACAUAAAGAAAAAAUGGGAACAAAGAAGAAAACAAAAAGGGUCAAAUCUUGGAUGUUCAAAUUCAGAAAAAAGAAGACUGAUGCAGGUCAUGGAGAACAAUCUGUGUCUGAUCGGAUUAUAAUGGAGAGCAGCGAGUUGUAUACAGAUAACAAAGGAGCAGUGGAAGACUGCUUAGACCAUUUUCAAUCGCAGGUACUGAUGAAA